AUGCCCUUGUGUCACGCAAGAGCUCCCCGGGGGCUCUGGGGGAGGAAGAGGAAGGCCCUCUGCAAGCUGACCCCAUGUGACAACUGCCCUGGAUGGGCUGACUGCAACGGGAAGAGCCUCCUGCAUGCUCCAAGUUCCCUUCCAAGCAACAUCACUGAUUUGGACCUCUCCUUCAACUCCUUGGUUGUGCCCCGUCAUGGGACUCUCUUGAUGGAUUUCCCUUCCCUGCGCUCCCUCAACCUCUCUAGCAAUGCCCUGCUGGUGCUGAGCCCAGCAGUCUUCUCCAACCUGGGGGCACUGCGUCUGCUGGACCUGAGCAGCUGCAGCAUCGCCUACCUCCACACGGACGCUUUCAAGGGCUUGGGCAACUUGCACACACUGCUCCUAAGAAACAACAGUCUGCAAGAGCUUGAGGUCCCUUUCUUCCUGCCGCUGAAGGCUCUUUUAUACCUGGACCUGCAGCACAACGCGCUGGUCUCUGUGGACACCUUGAGCUUGCAGCUGAUGGAGGCAGUCCCGCAGGUCCGGCUGGAAGGGAACCCCUGGGUCUGCGACUGCAGCGCGCGCUCUCUGCAGCAGUGGCUGCAGCGCAGGCAAGCUGUGCAGGUGACCUGUGCAUCGCCCCCGGAGCUUCGGGGCAGUGCGGUGGCAGCUCUGGAUUCCCAGGACCUGGGCUGCUGGAUGAAGCAGCGGUUUCCUCGGGGGGUCAGCACUGCGCAGCAGAUCACAGUGACCCUCAGCAACACCACCACACCGCCCGCUGGGAAGGGGGGAAGGAGCUGGCCGUACCUGGUGGGCUUCCUGGUGGCAGCAAUCGGUAUCUCCAUCCUGAUUGCGCUGGCUGCCAAGUGCAAGCUCUUCCACAAGAACUUCGCCAGCUACCGCCACCGGCCGCUGCCUGAAACCAGCUCAAUCGGAGGCAGCCCCAUGGAGGACAGCAGCAGCUGGGACAGGGACUCCUCAGGCCAGGGGGCCAGCAAGAACCACCCCAUGCCCGAUGCUGGCCACCUGCAAGCUGAGGAUGAUGAUGGCUUCAUCGAGGACAACUACAUCCAGCCAAGCGAGCAGCUGCCGGAGGAAGAGGAGCGGGAGCUGCACCUCUCCAUCUGA